UCGUCUCUUCAUCUAAAACAGUUUAUGUCAGGUAAAGAAAAGAAAGAUGAACGGCGGAGGAAAGGUGGCCUGCGUCACCGGAGCUUCUGGUUACGUAGCUUCUUGGAUUGUUAAGCUUUUGCUCCUUCGUGGCUACACCGUCAGGGCUACCGUUCGAAACCCAACGGACACGGCGAAAACAGAACAUCUUCUUGCACUUGACGGUGCAGACGAAAGACUCAAACUGUUCAAAGCAGAUCUUUUGGAAGAAUAUUCCUUCGAGCAAGCUAUCGAAGGUUGUGAAGCUGUUUUCCAUACGGCUUCUCCGGUUAAGUUCAUCGUCACGGAUCCUCAGACUGAGCUAAUAGAUCCAGCACUAAGGGGUACUAUGAACGUCCUUAAUACAUGCAAGAAAACUUCCUCUGUCAAAAGAGUCAUUGUAACAUCGUCCAUGGCUGCGGUUAUCGUUCGUCAACCCCCUUUGGAGCCAAACGACGUGGUGGACGAGUCUUUCUUCUCUGAUCCAAGUGUUUGCAUGGAAACAGAGUACUGGUAUCCACUCUCCAAGACUUUGGCAGAGAAUGUAGCGUGGCAAUUUUCCAAAGACAAUGGAAUGGACAUGGUCUUCAUUAAUCCAGGAUUUAUAAUCGGCCCACUUUUGCAACCAACCCUUAAUUUUUCGGUAGAGAUGAUUGUGGAUAUGAUAAACGGUAAGAACCCUUUCAACUCAAUAUACUACAGGUUCGUGGACGUGAGAGAUGUUGCCUUGGCUCAUGUCAAUGCAUUGGAGACUCCUUCGGCCAAUGGCAGAUACAUAAUGGAUGGCCCAAGUAUGACCAUAUACGAGAUUAAAGAGAUUAUGCGUGAAUUAUUUCCAGAUUUGUGUGUUGCUGAUACGAAAGAAGAAGGUGAGAUCAAAGAAAUCAUUUACAAAGUGUGUGUGGAGAAAGUGAAGAAUUUGGGAGUUGAGUUCACUCCUCUCAAAUCAAGCCUUAGAGAUACUAUCAUUAGCCUCAAAGAAAAAUGUCUCAUAUGAGAAUAUGAUGACGUUCAUAUAUGUAUUACAACUUCUAUAUUAGUAUUAUUGGAUGUAUUUAAGUUGUGGAAACUUGGGGUUGGAACCGCUCUUGCAACCAACUCUUAUAAACAGAUAUUUCGCUCAUAACAACUAU